CCUCUCCUCUCUCACACUCACACUCACACUCACACUCACACUCUUACUCUCUAUUUCUGUUUAGUUUCUUCUUUAAUGGCCGAAACACAACUUAAGCGCCAGAGAGAAAAAUCCAAUGAACAUGAAGCAGCAACCUCUGCCUUUGAUGACACAAACUCAAAGCACCACAAAUCAUACAACUGUAUACUCUCAAUUCUUGAUGAUGAAGAAGAACAAGAGCCAAACCAAGACUUUUCAGCAAUUUUUACAACCCUACAGCAAGAGCUCUCUUCUUCAUUUGCCUCUCCUUCGUGCACGGUGGAGGAAGCUGGGCGGGACCAUAACCAAACCACCAACACCUCCGCGUGCUCUGUUGUAAUUGGUGCUAAAGAACAUGAAGAGGAAGGUGGGGAUGAUAGAGUCAUGAUCAGACGUCUUCUCGAAGCCUCUGAUGAUGAGCUUGGAAUUCCCAAAAGAGUCGACAAAGAAACCAAAUCAGAAGAAAAUCGACCCUUCUGUGAUGGGCUGUGGGAAUUUGAAGAUGAAGCUGCCAACUACUACACUAUGUUGCACUUGGACCUUUUCAUGUAGUUUUUGGGGGGUAGAAUUGACAGAUAGAAAAGUUAAGGGGCUGUGAAGGAGAAAUGUUGAAAAAAUUGAGAGGGGAAGGAAGAAAUUGGAAGCUUUUUAGGUUUUCAUUUUAGUCCUCUCAUUUUUUUAAUAACAUGUCGUAUGAUCCCUCUUUUCCAGCCUAAAACAUUUGGGUGUCAUGUUCAAUUUCAUAUGCACACAAAGGAAAAACUUAAUUGACUUUU